AUCAUCCGCUCUUCAGUGAAAUCCACUCAGCUGUCACAUGACUGUCAUUGACUGAUACUGACAGUGCGCGCGGUUCAGUUAGCCUAUUUUGUUAAAUCUGUUGUGCAACGCCUUUUAAAUUAGUUCCAUUUUAAACUGAUGGCUAUUACGUCAGAAGUUGAAGAAGUCUUCUCACGGUUGUUUGAUCAUCGACCAUUCCUGAAAGGAGAAAUAUCAUUUUUCAAGAGGGAAUUUGAGGAAAAGCGGGGAGAUCGCGAAGUUGAAGAGCUUUUCCGAGCUUUGGAGUUAACCACAGAGAUAAAGCAAGCCCAGGUUGAAAAGGUAGUCGAAGCUUCAGACGCAAAUCUCCCUCGCACGAUCGCCGACAUCCAAGUUGCGCUCCGCAUGUGCCAUACCUCACUGGACUCUGACAGCCGCACUUCCCGACUAAGCAGUGAAAUCGAGCGCCAACGCGAAGAUCGGCAGCAGAGACUUGCCGUGGCCAAAGCAGAAGUCGAGGCGAAGUUGGCUUCCAUCAACGCAGCCUACGACCUCAAGGAGAAAGAACUGCGCGAAAAAUUUGCAAAGCUCGACUCUUCGAAUACAUGCGAUUCUUAAAAUUAGUUACCU